GGGCGUGGACUGAGCGAAGCCGCUUCCCGGGCGUAGCGUGAGGUGAAAAAGCAGCCUCCCCACCGCUGGUCCACUUAGGAGCCCGUGAGCGCAUAGAGAGCAACAUGUCAGCGCCGGCGGCCAAAGUCAGCAAAAAGGAGCUCACCACCAACCUCAACGAAGCCCUUGAGACAUCGGAAAUACAGCUACAAGAAGCAGUGGAACGAAUCGAUGACGUGCAAAGUGAAAUAGACAAACUGAACGAGCGAGCCAGUGCGGAAAUUUUGAAAGUGGAACAGAGCUAUAACCAGCUCCGCCAACCUUUCUUUCAGAAGAGGUCAGAGUGGAUCGCCAAAAUACCGGACUUCUGGGUGACCACCCUUCUCAGCCACCCUCAGUUGUCCUCGCUGUUUGGGGAGGAAGAUGAGGAAGCCCUGCGUCACUUGACCAGGAUCGAAGUGAUAGAAUUCGAAGACGUGAAAUCGGGUUACAGAAUAGAUUUUUAUUUUGAUGAAAACCCUUACUUUGAAAAUAAAGUGAUCUCCAAAGAGUUUCACCUUGAUGAAAGUGGGCAUCUGGCUUCAAAGUCAACUGAAAUCCAUUGGAAAUCUGGAAAAGACUUGACCAAGCGCCCGAAUCAGAUCCAGACUGAAGGUGGCCGCAAAAGGUUUCGAAAGGAGGCAGACAGCUUUUUCACUUGGUUCUCAGACCAUACCGAUGCUGGAGCAGAUGAGUUAGGAGAGGUCAUCAAAGAUGAUAUCUGGUUAAAUCCCUUACAGCACUACCUGGCAUCUGAUAUUGAUGAUGAAGACAGGGAAGGAGAAGGAGACGAAGAAGAAAAUCUAGAGGAGAGUGUUGGUGAUGAAGAGGAGAGUGAAGAGGAGGAAGAUGACGGGGAACGUGAUGUUGAGGGAGAAGACGGAGGGGAGAAUACGGGCCAAAAUGACUAAGAGAACAUUGAUGGAUUCCAAAACUCCCUUUAGCUUUAAAAAAUGUCUCCAGUUCCUGGGCGCGAGUUUCAGUCUUUUUAUUUUCAUUUCGUCCUCAGUCACCUUGUUCUCUUGAGGGUUCUUUGUUUCCUCAUACCAUAGUUCACAACUUUUUUUGUUUCUGGGGGUACAGGGAAUACUUUGAGCAGAAUACAGCGGGACAAGUCUCCA